UGGCGGAAUCGGCAGGCGCCAUCACGCGGGGCCACCGCGACCGUCGUCUGAAGGGCCGUCGUCCAGCCAGUGGCCGCGAUCUCGAUUCACCGAAAAGAUGGUCAUGAUGGCUGGCAUGGACGACCACGAGCGAAAAGUCGUCCUCGAGUUCUGCCACCUGCUCGAGAAGAGCAAGCAGCUGUUCAACGGGCUACGGGAUCUGCCACAGUACGGUCACAAGCAGUGGCAGGGCUACUUCGGGCGCACCUUUGACAUCUACACCAAGCUCUGGAAGUUCCAACAGCAGCACAGGACGAUACUGGACACGAAGUACGGGCUGAAGAGGUGGCAGAUCGGCGAGAUAGCGAGCAAGAUCGGCCAGCUCUACUACCAUUACUACCUGCGCACCAGCGAGACCAGCUACCUUCACGAGGCCUACUCGUUCUACGCGGCGAUACGCGGCCGCGCGUACUACAGGUGUGCCGCUAAAGAGGACAGGAGUGACCUGAUGGUGAAGAAGCUCAGGUACUACGCCCGUUUCAUCGUCGUCUGCCUCCUGCUCAACCGUAUGAAGCUUGUACACGAGCUCGUCCAAGAUCUGGACAAACAGAUCGCAGAUUACACGAGCACCUACGAGCCGGACGAUCAACUCGAAUGGAAUCUGGUCCUCGACGAGAUAAAGGCGUUCGUGAAGGCUGAAUCGGCGGUAGGAGUGGUGCACUCGGACUCGAAUCCUGUUAUAUUAACCCACAGGCUUGGACCUCAGACAUCGCCACUCGUGGAACGUACGCCACCCAUGUGCCUAUCACUGCAGGAGAUCCUGAUUGUCGGCAAUUGCGCCGAUCAGGUGAAGUUCAGUGAAUUGUCGAUGGACAUGUUCAGGAUGCUGCAGACCCUCGAGAGGGAGCCAAGGGACGACCCUAAUCACCUGCACGACGCGUCACCAGCUGGACGAAUGCCGUUCAGGCCUGGCGCUUACCCAGGCCCGGAGAACGGCGCGCCACGACGGGACAAUCCACACAAGUACCUGUUGUACAAGCCCACCUACAGCCAGGUACAGGUAUUCCUCGCGAGCGGCUUCAAGGAGCUGCCCGCGAACGGCGCGCUGUUGCUCUACUUGUCGGCGGACGGCUGCUUCUCCACCGUCAAGCAUCCGGAAGAAAUGGGGUACGACCUGGGUGGCGUGUCCACGUGCAGCAAGAGGGACCCGGAGCAUGGGAAGAGGCCGACAGGUGGUAAGGAACCACACUGCCUCUACCCGGGUGACCUCUAUCCGUUCACCAGGAAGCCUCUAUUCGUGGUCGUCGACUCGGACAACAGCUUCGUGUUCCAACAGAUACCGCGUUACUUCGGGCAACCGUUGAUGGUGCUGAUGUCGCCACAGGACACACCGCCUACGUUGCGCGACGUACGACACGGUGGCAGCUUGUUCACCCUGUUUCUCCACGCCCCCUUAGCCGCGUUUUGCCUUAUAUGCAACAUCGGCAGCCUGGCCGUGCACCACUGGGAGCGGUGCCAGCGUUACAUCGAGCGAUUCGUCAUAGAGGCCUGUCAGCUCGUCACGCGCUCCAGAUGCGAAAAAACAGAACAGACAUGUUUUCUUCAGACCAGCGUGUUGCAAUUCUUCGGCGACGAUUUCCUACGACUGUUGCUGGUGAGGUACGUGUUCUGCGACGUGGUGUUGAAUCUCCACCGGUCGUUCAGGGGUCGACAGCAGAGGCCCCGUUGCCAUCCACCAUUGCCGGACGCCGAGGUCCUCGAGCAUCCAGCCCUUCAUAGCCUCGUGCUCGACCUGGCCGCCUGUCUCGACUGCCGCGACCACUUUCCGGACAGCAACGAGCUCGCCUGACCCAGGCAUCUUCCCUGCCCGGCCCCCCACGAGUCCACGUCCCUGUUGCUGCCGUACAGC